UUUUUUUUUUUUUUUUUUUCGAAAAAAAAUUAUGCCAGAUUCAUCAACAAAUCAAGUCCAAGAUGAUUUAAAGAUAAAAGAAAAACCAUUUAUAUCAAAAUACGCCCGACCUAUUGAAUUUGUUGUUGAAAGUCAAAAAACAAACGAAAGAAAUGAAAAAAGAUUAAAAACAUCGAACGGUGAUGAAAUAGCUUCAUUUUAUCGCAGCAUUAUAUCAUCCAGUAAUAAUGAAGAUCAAUCUAAGAAUAGACAAAACAAUAAAGUAGAAAAAGAAACAUGGUUCUGUAAAAGUUGUGAAAUGAGUAUACCAAAAUCAGAUUACAAAAGACACAUUCAAGGAACAGCCCAUUUAGUGAGUAGUAAUAGUAGUUGUGCAAGUCAGCCCUUAGCACCCGAUAUUCUUACAAUAAAUGGAACUAAUGUUGGUUUUAGAAUGCUUCAAUCACAAGGUUGGAAGUAUGAAGAAGGAUUAGGUGCAAAUAGUCAAGGACGUCGUCAUCCUAUUGCAACUGUCUUGAAGCAAGAUCGAUUUGGCAUUGGACAUCAAAAUACAGGAAAAAAAUUAAUUACACAUACAUAUAAAGAAAUCGAGAAAAAAGCAAUUGAGCGUCAACGUUUAGAAAGGAAAAAUCAAAAAGAAUCAGGGAAAGAAAUUGCAAGGAAAGCUGAAGAAGAAUCUAAAAGAAGAGUUGCCAUUUUACAUUAUAUAAAGAAUUAAUAGCAUAGAAGAGAGAUGUCUACAUGUAAAGAUUAUCAUAUAAAUGUGUAUUUACAAGUAUUGCAAAGAGUUUGUCAUCUAUUAUGAAGAAAAAAAAAAUGAUUUUUUUUUUUUAUUUCAUUAUAAAUGCUGUAUAUAGGUAAAUUUAUGA